AUGAGUUCGCUACCCACAACUGGAGGUUUCCUCCCAUUGCAACAGCCUGAUGCGCUACUACCACAGCGGAAUCGCACUCUCCCAGCACUCAUGAUCCUCGGUAAUGAAUCGCAUAGUCCAAUCAAUCAUGGGCAUGUCCGUCGCCCUAGCAUCACGGCUCUGCAGAAUCCUCAUAUGAGGUAUAUGCGCCUGAUUGGGAAUAACAAUCCGAGGUAUCAAUGGGAGCGGUAUAGAAAAUCGCCUUUAGAAUUGAAGCAGAUGAAAAAGAAAAUUCGAGAGUAUUAUGAGAGAACCAAUUCAUUGAUUGAUCGAUAUAUCUACAUCGAUGGUCUACUGGAUUCAACACUCCCACGAGAUUUGUUGCAGACCUAUAAUCCGCCGGAAACAAUCCCUGAAACAUAUCCGGUAUUCUCUUCCGACACUAACCCGCACCAAGGGUACGACUCUACCCCCGAUGCACCACCACCCUUGAAGAAACGGCCAAGCUAUCUCUACAAGAUUGCAGAUGAAGAAUCUCCUUUACUCGGUGACGAAGUAGGCGGCGGGGGAAGUGGAAGCGCUGAGAACAUGGCUAAAGUUGUGAAAUUCGCAAUUUAUCUCAACCUGUUGGCAAAUACGUUGCUACUGAUAUCGAAGAUUCUGGUAGCUAUUAUGACGAAUUCGUUGUCCGUGCUUGCUAGUUUGGUAGAUGCUGCACUGGACUUCCUCAGCACUGCCAUUGUUUGGACUACCACUACUCUUAUUGAACGCCGAGACAAGUAUCUCUACCCCGUAGGCCGUUCCCGCCUCGAACCCAUCGGCGUUCUCGUCUUUUCCAUCAUCAUGAUCGUCUCGUUCCUUCAAGUGGGCCUAACCUCCCUCCAGCACCUCAUCACUCCGGCCACCCACGCUAUCGUUCGCCUCACCCCCAGCGCCAUCACAAUCAUGCUUAGCACUAUCGUGAUCAAAACUCUCUGCUUCCUCUGGUGCCGCUCCGUGCGCAAUUCCUCCGUGCAAGCCCUCGCAGCCGACGCCGUCACCGAUGUCGUUUUCAAUUUCUUCUCUAUCCUGUUCCCUCUGCUUGGGACAUGGCUGGAGCUGUGGUGGCUCGACGCCCUCGGUGGUGCCCUGCUGUCGGCAUAUGUCAUUAUCUCCUGGGCGGGGAUCGGUCUGGAGCAUGUAGAAAAUCUGACGGGUGCUGCAGCGUCCGGAGAUGAGAGGAAUGUACUGCUGUAUAUGGCCAUGAGGUUCGCAAAGAGCAUCAAGGCGAUCACGAGUGUUAAUGCAUAUAGGAACGGGGAUUUGUUGAACGUAGAGGUGGAUAUAGUCCUUGAUGAGGGGUUAGGAUUGAAGGAUAGUCAUGAUUUAGGAGAGAGUUUACAGUAUGUGAUUGAGAGCCUGGGUGUUGUUGAUAGAGCUUUUGUACAUUUGGAUUAUGAUUCAACGAACCCGCCGGGGCAUCUUAGAUGA